AUGACGCUUUGCAACUCAGGCAGUGGGGUGAGGGAGACACAAAACUAUGUGACAGGAUUCAUUCUUUUUGUUAUUGCACAGAACCCAGAGCUGCAGAAAAUAGUAUCACUGUUUCUAAUCAUGUAUGUGGCCACAGUCAUGGGAAACCUACUCAUUGUGGUAACCAGGAUCACAAGUCAGAGUCUGAGAUCACCCAUGUAUUUUUUCCUUACUUCCUUGUUCCUCAUGGAUGUCACCUACUCUUCCAUCAUUGCCCCCAAGAUGAUUGUGGACUUCAUCUCUGAGAGCACUACCAUCUCCCUGGAAGUUUGCAUGACCCAGCUCUUUGCAGAACAUUACUUUGGUGGUGUGGGGAUCAUCCUUCUCAUUGCUGUGGCCUAUUAUUGCUACAUGGCCUUCUGUAAGCCCCUGCACUACCAGUCCAUCAUGAGUCCUUGGGUGUGCUGCCUGUUGCUGGGAGCAGCCUGGGUUGAGGGACCUAUGAACACAAUGAUACAGCAUCUCUUUAUGUAUCAAACAUCCUUCUGUAGCCCCAAUGUCAUUGAUCACUUGAUGUGUGAUUUGUUUCCAUUGUUGAACCUGGCCUGCAUGGACACUCAUAUCCUGGGCCUCCUCAUCAUCCUCAACAUUGGGGUGAUGUGUGUGACCAUCUUCUUUAUGCUCAUUGCCUCCUACACCGUCAUUCUCUGCUCCCUGAGGUCUUGCAGCUCUGAAGGGUGGCACAAAUCCCUCUCCAUGUGUGGCUCUCACCUCACAGUUGUUUUCUUGUUCUUUGUGCCCUGUAUCUUCUUGUACAUGAGGUUUGUGGCCACUUACCCUGUUGACAAGGAAAUGGCUAUGUCCUUUACAGUUGUUGAACUCAUGUUAAAUCACUUGAUCACUACUCUGAGGAAUGCAGAGGUGAAAAAUGCCAUGAGGAAAUUUGGGUGA